GGAUUCCGUUGGCAUCUGCUGUUUCCGUGAGACAGAGAGAGGGGCCGGGGUGGCUGAGAGAGACAGGACAAGUGACUUGGGGGAAAAAAAGGCCCAGCCUCAGUUUUCCCCUCUGUAAGCUAAGGGCUGUGCCCCCUUGCCAGGCUCCGGUGAAGUUCCAGGCCGAUUAUGGGGUGGAAACUGCUUUGUGAAACGCGUCUCGCUGCAGAGUGGAGUAACAGCCAUGUCCGAGGGAACAGAGCAACGGGGGCUGAGCCGAAAGCCUCACUGAGGGUCAGGCCCCCAGCCGCAGCCUCCCCGGGUGGGCGCUGGCGCCUUUCUGCAAGUCCCCGGGCUGCUGUCUCGAUGGGUGGAUCCGAGGCGUCAAAGGCCAAUGGAUGUGCGGGGGCGGGGCUUCGCCGCUGUUCCGCACCCUCAGGCCUGUGGGCGUGGUCUGGAUGUCUAAGCCAAUGAGAGUGUGGAGGCGGGGCCUGAAUAGGAGCAGGAAACGGCGGCCGCCGAGGGGUCUCUGCCCGCCUGCCUUCAUGCUGCCCCUGCGCCUGCGCCGGCUGUGGCCCCACAACCCUCCCACUCGGUUCUUCGCAGCGGCCGCCCGGCAGGGGUCUGGCCCCAGUAGCUACUAUGAACUGUUGGGGGUGCAUCCUGGUGCCAGCGCUGAAGAAGUUAAACGAGCUUUCUUCUCCAAGUCCAAAGAGCUGCACCCUGACCGGGACCCCAGGAACCCAGCUCUGCACAGCCGCUUUGUGGAGCUGAGUGAAGCGUACCAAGUGCUGAGCCGUGAGCAGAGCCGCCGCAGCUAUGACCACCAGCUCCGCUCAGCAGCUUCCCCAAAGUGUCCAGGAACCACAGCCCAUCCCAGGUCUGCUCAUCAGGCACACAGCAGCUCCUGGGCACCCCCCAAUGCAAAAUACUGGGCCCAGUUUCAUGAAGUGAGGCCUCAGGGACCAGAGUCAAGGCAGCAGCAGCACAAGCACAACCGGCGGGUGCUGGGGUACUGCCUCCUGAUCAUGCUUGCAGGCAUGGGCCUGCACUAUGUUGCCUUCAGGAAGCUGGAGCAGAUGCAUCGUAGCUUCAUGGAUGAAAAGGAUCGGAUCAUCACAGCCAUCUACAAUGACACUCGGGCCCGGGCCAGGGCCAACAGAGCCAGGCUCCAGGAGGAGCAACGGCUGGGGCAGCAGCUGCAGCCACCACCCGGGCCUCCUCAAGGCCCCGGGAUCGUGCCCCCCGGCCCCAGCCCCUGAGCGGUUCACCUUGGAGAGCACACCUUGGAUGGGGCCUGCGGUGUGCUCCCUUCUGGGACACCCCACUCCCCAAAACGCGUGCAAUAAAGUGAUUCUCAGA